AUGGCGGCCACGGUGCCGCUGCGGGACCGCCUGAGCUUCCUGCACCGGCUCCCGAUUCUCCUGAAGGGAACGUCGGAUGACGACGUCCCGUGUCCAGGCUACCUGUUUGAGGAGAUCGCCAAGAUCUCCCACGAGUCCCUGGGCAGCAGCCAGUGCCUCCUGGAGUACCUGCUGAGCCGUCUGCAGAGCGGCUCUGGCCACGUGAAGCUCAAGGUACUGAAGAUCAUGCUGCACCUGUGUGGUCAUGGCUCCUCGUCCUUCCUGCUCAUCCUUAAACGCAACCCCGCCUUCAUCCAGGAAGCCGCGGUUUUCACGGGACCCCCGGAUCCUCUCCAUGGGAACAGCUUGUACCAGAAGGUGCGGGCAGCCGCCCAGGACUUGGGGGCUGCCUUGUUCUCGGACACCUUGUCACCUCUGCCUCCUUCCCAGCCACCCAGGGCCCUGCCUCCAGCAGGCAUGGGCUCCCAGUCCAGGCCCCAGAGCUCCCUACAGGGCUUCGGCUACAGCAAGGAACGGGGCCACACAGCCACGAGACACCAGCCUGGGCAGGCCGGAGGCGGCUGGGAUGAGCUGGACAGCAGCCCAAACUCUCAGGAUUCUUCCCAGGAAAAUGACGACCUGGGCAAGGCCUCAGACUCAGGUAGCCCGUCAGGCAGUGACAGCCCCUCAGGGGCCAGCCGGGCACCCAGCGACCUGGCAGAAAGGGUCGAGGCCGUGACCCUGAGUGACUGCCAGCAGGAGCUGAGCCUGGUCCGGGCCGUGACACGGGGGCCACAUUGCUUCCUGAGCCGAGAGGAGGUGCAGCACUUCGUCAAAGAGUGUGGACUCCUCAACUGUGAGGCCGUGCUGGAGCUGCUCAUCCGCCACCUGGGCACAACCAGCGAGCGCGUGCAGAUGAGAGCCCUGGGUGCCAUCGCCUCCCUCGGGUGCACCGACCUGCUCUCCCAGGAGCGAGUCCUGCUCCUUGCCCGGCCUCGGCUGCAGGAGCUCAGUGUGGGCAGCCCUGGACCCGUGACCAACAAGGCCACCAAGAUCCUGAGACACUUUGAAGCCUCCUGCCGACAGUGGCCCCCUGCCCGGAGGCCCCCAGCCGAGCCUGGCCCCGCAGUCGCCUGUGUGGGCCCAUCAGACCUGCUGACCGACACCCUGCCUUUCACCGGGGGCCAGGCCUUCCUGCAGCCUCUGAGUUCAGCUCUGUUUUCGCCCAAGGGCACUGCUCCCCCAUCGGGGCUGCAGCCCAGCCCUGUGCCCCCGACUUCCCUGGACAGCUGCCCGCUUCCAGCCCGUGCGGAUGCCAGGGAGGCCAAGACCAGACUGGCAGGUUCCAGAGAGCAGGGGGCUGGAUCCGAGCGGGGCCCGUUCGGCACAGACACUGCAAAUAGAGGGCCAGAGCUUGACCCGGGCCCCGGGGAUAGCUGUGACUCCUUGUUUGCUGGCAUGGAACUGGUGGCCUGUCCCCGCCUGGUGGGGGCCGGGACUGCUGCAGAAGAGCCUCUCCCAGCCUGCCAGGCUCCCUGGACGUUGCCACAGAGGGUGGCAGCAAAAGAGCCUUCUGGCUCUGAGCCAUCAGCUUUCGCAUUCUUAAACUCAUGA